CCUCGGGCACCCUCCUCUGGUCCCGCGGCAGCGCGGCCCCCGCCCCCGCCAUGGACAAGAUCCUGGAGGGCCUGGUGAGCUCCUCGCACCCGCUGCCGCUGAAGCGGGUGAUCGUGCAGCGGGUGGUGGAGUCGGCCGAGCACUGGCUGGACGGCGCGCAGUGCGAGGCCCUGUUUGACCUGAGCACGCGGCUCAUCCUGGAGGGCCAGGACCCCUUCCAGCGCCAGGUGGGCCGCCAGGUGCUGGAGGCCUACGCGCGCUACCACCGGCCCGAGUUCGAGUCCUUCUUCAGCAAGACCUUCGUGCUGGGCCUCCUGCAGCGCGGCUACCACUCGCUGGACAGGAAGGACGUGGCCAUCCUGGACUACAUCCACAGCGGCCUCAAGCUCAUCAUGAGCUGCCCGUCGGUGCUGGACCUCUUCGGGCUGCUGCAGGCCGAGGUGCUGCGCAUGGUGUGCGAGCGGCCCGAGCCGCCGCUCUGCGCCCGCCUCUGCGACCUCCUGGGCGACUUCGCGCAGUGCGUGCCCAAGGGCAAGCUGGCCGUCGCCUUCUGCCAGCAGCUCGUGCGCACCAUCGGCCACUUCCAGUGCGCCUCCAGCCAGGAGAAGGAGCUGCGCGAGUACGUGUCGCAGGUGAGCCGCGUCAGCGCCCUGCUGCAGAACAUCUGGAAGGCCGAGCCCGCCACGCUGCUGCCCUCGCUGCAGGAGGUGUUCGCCAGCAUCUCCGCCACCGAUGCAGCCUCGGAGCCUUCAGUGGCAUUGGCCAGCCUGGUGCAGCACAUCCCACUCCAGAUGAUCACGGUUCUCAUCAGAAGUCUGACGACUGACCCAAAUGUCAGAGAUGCAAGUAUGACCCAAGCUCUUUGCAGGAUGAUUGACUGGCUGUCCUGGCCAUUGGCUCAGCAUGUGGACACGUGGGUGAUCGCCCUCCUGAAAGGCCUGGCUGCUGUCCAGAAGUUCACUAUUCUGAUAGAUGUUACUCUGCUGAAAAUAGAACUGGUCUUUAAUCGACUUUGGUUUCCUCUGGUGAGACCCGGUGCUCUUGCAGUUCUAUCGCACAUGCUCCUCAGUUUUCAGCAUUCUCCUGAGGCUUUCCACUUGGUGGUUCCUCAUGUGGUUAAUUUGGUUCAUUCUUUCAAACAUGACGGCCUGCCUUCUAGUACAGCUUUUCUAGUACAACUAACCGAACUGAUCCACUGCAUGAUGUAUCAUUAUUCUGGGUUCCCAGAUCUGUACGAACCUAUUCUGGAAGCAAUAAAGGAUUUUCCUAAACCCAGUGAAGAGAAGAUUAAAUUGAUUCUCAAUCAAAGUGCCUGGACUUCUCAAUCCAAUUCUUUGGCAUCUUGCUUAUCUAGACUUUCGGGAAAAUCUGAAACUGGAAAAACUGGUCUUGUUAACCUAGGAAAUACCUGUUAUAUGAACAGUGUUAUACAAGCAUUGUUUAUGGCCACAGAUUUCAGGAGACAAGUAUUAUCUUUAAAUUUAAAUGGGUGCAAUUCAUUAAUGAAAAAACUGCAGCAUCUUUUUGCCUUUUUGGCUCACACACAGAGAGAAGCGUAUGCACCGCGGAUAUUCUUUGAGGCUUCCAGACCUCCCUGGUUCACCCCACGAUCACAGCAAGACUGCUCGGAAUACCUCAGGUUUCUCCUGGACAGGCUCCACGAAGAAGAGAAGAUCUUGAAGGGCCCAUCUCUGGCCAGCCGGCCUGGAAGCCUGGAGCUAGGUGAAGCAUCCUUGCGGAACAUGGCAGGCCCAGCUGCGUUGCUCACAGAGGCCCGAGGCCCGGGCAGUGGAGAGAAGACUCUGAUCGAGAAGAUGUUUGCGGGCAAACUGUGCACGCUCGUCCGCUGCCUGAACUGCAGGAGCACCUCCCAGAAAGUGGAGGCCUUCACUGACCUCUCUCUCGCCUUCUGCCCAUCCUCCACCACAGACAACGUGGCCUUUCUUGGUCCAUCAUCGCCAACACCGCUCAGUCCUUGCUUCCCCACCACUGGGGAGCAAGGGCAGGCCGGUGGGGCGACUCCUCUGGGGGAUGCAGGUAUCUCGGACCCAGGCACUGCCACACUCAGGGACAACUCUGCCCUGGGUGAGGGCAGUGUGGGCAGCCCCAGCUCAGCCUUGCCCUGUGCCCAGAACACCUCUGGCCCCUGUGAGCCCAGUCAGGUCCUGAUGGCCCAGGAUGCACCCCCCUCAGUCACCGACUUGCUCAACUAUUUCCUGGCUCCUGAAAUUCUAACGGGUGACAACCAAUAUUAUUGUGAGAACUGUGCCUCUCUCCAGAACGCUGAAAAAACUAUGCAGAUCACAGAGGAGCCUGAGUACCUCAUCCUGACCCUCCUGAGGUUUUCCUAUGAUCAGAAAUACCACGUGCGAAGGAAAAUUCUGGACAACGUGUCCCUGCCCCUGGUCUUAGAGCUGCCCGUUAAAAGAAUGCUCACCCACUCGCCCUUGCCCGAGAGUUGGUCCUUGGAGGUGGGUUCGGCUGAUAGCAUCGAAAACCUGGCCAAGAAGUUAAAGCCUUCGGGGGCCGACGAGGCCCACGGCCCCCCUCCAGUGCCCUAUGUCCUGAGCUCCGUGGUGGUCCACUCGGGCAUCUCCUCGGAAAGCGGACAUUACUACUCCUACGCCAGGAACAUCACUGGCACCCAGCCUGAGAGUCAGAUGUGCCACCCCACGUCGGAAUCCCUGACCUUCUCGACACCCCACAACCACAGCCACAACCAUAACCAUAACCACAACCACUUCAUGGGCGGAGACAGUCCCGAAGCUGCCAUCGUAGAGCAGGAUCUAGACAAUAACGAGGUGUCCAAAGAGUGGUUCUUAUUUAAUGACAGCCGAGUGACAUUCACCUCAUUUCAAUCAGUCCAGAAAAUUACCAGUCGGUUUCCCAAGGACACAGCUUACGUGCUUUUAUAUAAAAAGCAAAACCUCACUGAGGGUUUAAGUGGGAACAGUUCAGCCAGUGGCCUCUGGGUGAAUGGAGACCCACCUCUGCAGAAAGAACUUAUGGAUGCCAUCACAAAAGAUAAUAAACUGUAUUUGCAGGAGCAAGAGUUGAAUGCACGAGCUCGUGCCCUGCAGGCUUCGUCCACCUCCUGCUCAUUCCGGCCCAAUGGAUUCGACGACAAUGACCCUCCCGGAAGCUGUGGCCCCACUGGCGGAGGCGGCGGAGGAGGGUUCAAUGCCGUUGGCAGACUCGUGUUUUGAUCCUGGGAGUCCAAACUGCACUGAAUACAAGAUAUCCAAUACUAUGACUGUUAAAAUGUCAGGCUGUUAUGAGUCAUUGUACCUCUCCUCUAUUUUUCUUUUUAUUAGAUCCUUCUACUUUUCUGAAAACAUGCUCAGUGCUUGUUUUGAUUUUUCUUGACAAUACGUUUUUGAACAAACAAACAUGCAUCAUGGGAAAGAAAAAAGAAAUCUACCUCUUAAAAGUUCCAUUUGCUUUUAUAGUUGGACAUGCUUGACCAAAAAUUGUCAGAAACAAAUAUGUACCUGGUCCCUAAUGAAGCUGCAUUAAAUUUAGUAGAAGCAUUUAAAUUUAAUUUAAAUCCU